CUCUUUCUCUCUCUAGCUAUUUAAUCUUGCACCAGAAGAAAAACUAACAAUCCCACACACAGAGACUUCUCUCUCUCCUCCAUUUCUCUGCCUGCCUUGUUUUUUGUCUCUCGUUGUCAACGAGGUAUUAUAGGACACCGGAUCUUGCUCGGGAAAUUUGUGUCAGAGCCGUGUUUCUGCUUCCUCUCUUUCUCUCUCUAAGAUCACAGUACAAAGGCAGGGCAGUACCCUCUCCUGAUGCCUUUGUGUCAGAGCCCAGAUCUCGCUUCGCCUUCCCUCUCCUCCCCCACCCUAUCUUCCCACCCUUUACUACUACUACUACUCGUCCUCCUCUCUCUAUCUAUCUCUCUAACCUCCCUCUCUUCUCCCACAACUUCUGCCUUUUAAGCAACGCGCCCGUCUCCCCACUUCUCUUCCUUGAUCCUCGCCUUCUCUCUUUGUCUGUGCCGGCCGUUUCAUGGCCGCGAAGAGAACGGCGCCCCCACCUCCACCUCCGACGCCAAACCCUAUCCCUAACCGCCGCGCCCUCGCCAGCGGCGCCGGCUCGGCCUCGCCGUCGAAGCGCAUGCUGGCGUUCCACUUCCUCCGCGCGCUGUCCCGGAUCAGCAGCGCCACCCCCGUGGCGUGCCGCACGCGCACCAUCCGCCGCGCGGCCUACUUCUCCAUGGCGCGCGCCGCGAGCCCGCGCCGCUCGUGGAGCCGGGCGCUGCUCCGCCAGGUGCGCGUUCGCAGGGCGGUGAGGUCGAGGCGCGCGGUGCUAAUGCGGAGGCGCGUUGUCUCCGCUGCGCCAGCGCCACCGCUCGGCGUGAGGAGCAUCUCUGCCGGACAGAUCACGUCUGCGCCUCUGGCCGGGGCGCCGCCUCCGCGGCAGGCGGGGGAGCCGGCGAGGGCCGACGCGCUCCGGCGGCUGGUCCCCGGUGGCGGCGAGAUGGAGUACUGCAGCCUUCUUGAGGAGACCGCCGACUACGUGCGCUGCCUCCGCGCGCAGGUGCAGCUCAUGCAGGGCCUUGUCGACCUCUUCUCCGGCCAAUGAUUGAACCAGUAAUUAAUUAAUACCGCAUGGUUAAUUAAUUCUUGCCCUUGCAAAAUCGAUCAUAUGCCACCGCCGCUGUUUGUACCUAGAUCAUCGCAUAUCUCUUGCUUAUGUCACAUGAGAUGCAUGAUUGAGAUAGGAGAUAAUUGAGGAGGAGAUUGUUGGUACAUAUGUUUAGUUGGUAAGAUUAUUAGUAGGUGUAUAGGUUCGGAACACAUGCAAGGAAGAUGGAACCACACCAAGAGAUGGAGGGAGAUUAUUGAGGUAGUUAAUUGUAACAUAUAUAGAGAGAGAAGCAUGGAGUUACAUAUAAGCUAGUGCAGUGUUGUUGGAUCAGAUGAUUGAUCUGCGUAUAUGUUUGUGAAUUGUGGAACCAUGUCAUGUAUCUUGUAGCUAGCUACACAAGUAGGCAGCUUUUAUACACACACACACACUUUUCUGUCUGUCAAUUUUUCUCUUGUAGCUAGGUCUAUCUGAAAGGCUGAAUGGGGAAUAAGAAGGCAAUUAAUCAUAAUCAUGGCAUGCAUGAACCUUUACCGCGA